AGCAGAGGGUGAUUAUUGUCACUGUUCAUCGCUUGACAAUUUAGCAUAUGAGGGCGGUAGUGCUGCUGAUAUCAUUGUUUUUUGGUGUAAGUGUAAGCGAGGAAAGGUACGAGUUGACAACUACACCAGCUACAGUGACGAGUACACAUGAUCGUUACAAACCUGGAGACUACCCUUUCGACAUUAGACUUGUCAUGAGUCCUGCAACGAAAGAUAUACAAGAUUUUUCUUUCAAAUUCUUUAAAUUGCAGUCGCCGUGGGGAGGAAAUUUUGAAGCACAAUUCGUUAUUAAAACGGAUGGAACAAACUGGAAGAAUAGUGGGUUCAACAGCAUUGCUAACAACCAUAAAAUAGCAUUUAAACCCGACGUGACUAUACCAUCUCCAGAUUCAGAUGGUUUGUAUACGGUCGACUUGUUCUUCUCAGAGGACGGCCUGAAAGUUCAGAUCAUGGGAGUCGAGGUUAUAGAAAUUGCCGACUCUAGCCUAGCAGCCGAGAUAAAGGGUUGGGAUGACAGUGUUAGUGAUGUAGGGAUAUCAUUCAAUCCCAUUCCCCAAACGCUCAUAGUUCAGUUGGUUCCAGAACUGUGGUGUCCGACCGGAACUCACAUUUUGGGGGAGGUGUGUAAACCCUGCCCUGUAGGCCAGUACUCCACAACAACCAACUCAGAGACCUGCACAGAUUGCAGUGAUGAAACAACUACUAUUUCCACUGGAUCUGACUCACAGACAGACUGUAUAGAGGUCUGCACGAUACCAACAGUGUCAGGAGCUACAGCAGUAAUACCAUCUAGUGGAACUGUAGUAGCAGCCUACUCCCGGGUCACUGUAACAUGUCAACCGGGGGUUCUGAGCGGGGGAGCGGACAUGUUCUACUUUUCCUGUCAUCAUCCAUCCUUUACUGUUUUCGGGAACCCUACUUGUUUAGGAACAUACACAAAAACUGUGAUAUGUGAAGGGAGAAGGGGAUCUAUAGCUUGUCCUACCGGACAAAUGAUCAGAGUACACAAAGUAACCUGGGGAGCUAGCACAGAGGGGGUUUGCAGUAAGACUUCCACAUCAGAACAAGUUUGCUCAGAGACACAAACUGCUCAAACAAAGAUACACUCUUUGUGCUCAGACAAAACGAGUUGUGAGAUAGAGGCUACUGUUAAAGAUCUUGGAGACCCUUGUGAUCUUGGAGUCCAGAAACAGUUGUAUGUCGAACACCAGUGUCUUACCUAUCCCCGAGCAGGGUAUUUUUGGCAAAGAAUUCCAACUAAGAAAAGUACACCUUACGGCAUCAAGGAUCAGCCACUACAGUUUCGAUUCACCCCACUCAAGGGGACCAACACGACAAGAAAGAUUAGGUUCAUUGAUGGGGAUAAUAAAGUGGGUAGAGUGGAAUGGAGUGAAGGUACCAGCAAACUCUCUGAGUGCAAGAAAAAAGAAAUUAAUGUUGAAAGUAAUUGGUACACAUUGGCUCACGAAUGGACACUGUCGGUUACCAAGGAUUUUCUUGUACUCGCUCGGGAAGGUAUCCCGCAAGUACGUUGGGAUUUUGAGGCGGAUGAUGAUAAUAAUGACGACGAUAUUUCGUGCAAAAAUACGUGGGCUUCAGACACAGAUUUGAGCAAAAUAAAGCUAAUUAUGAUGGGACCUGAAUUUAACAAGGAGUCUUGGUUUUACACUUCGUGGAGCCCUGCAGACUGGAAUGUGGUCCAAGAUAAGGUUACCUAUACUGUAACAUUAACUAAAACACCCCUGACCACUCACUACCUGCAAGUCCUGUCCUCGGACACCGGGGGGAAUAUCGAUGUCCUGCUGACUAACUCGGUGACUCAAACUACAGCCGAGUUCAAGGUCACCACAACCACCAUGACCUACUGGAUCUGGGGCUGCACUGAAGACAACCAGCCAUUGGUUGAUGGCAAGUGUGAGAGUGGUCUAUGGGAGUUUAUCAUACAGAAGUCAUAUCUGAAAAUGGCAUGUGACGGAGUUACGCUGUUGCACUUUGAGUUUUCUAAAGCCCCGGUUGAUGACUCAACCGUUUGUACAAACAUGUGGGAUGUUGAUUUUGCGAGCUUUAAGUUUCACGCCGAUACAGUUACUGAGAAGUAUCGCUUAGUGGAGAUCCCUGGAGAGGUGGACCAAGAGGAUCCAACUCAAUCAACAGAUGAUAUAGAAAACAUAAAUUGUUUCAACUGGAAGGAGGAUCCCCAGGGUCUCGAAUACAGAGGGUUCAGGAACACAACGGAAAGUGGGCUUGUCUGCCAGAAGUGGACCUUGCAGACACCAAAUUCACAUACUAGGACUCCACAAAAUCACCCCGACGCUGGGCUGGGAGAUCACAACUUCUGUAGGAACCCAGACCAUGAGAAAGGCGGGCCAUGGUGUUACAACUCACAAGGGAAAGAACCAAGAUGGAAAUAUUGUGGAAUAUCUAACUGUGCUGCGGUCAAUAUAGGAUCCCCAUUUCCAAUAAAGGAAAACAGUACAAGUACAUGGAACUGGGCUCAUGAUGGUAGAACUAAUAACGGGGUCCUUGAGUUGCUUGGUGACGGGGCUGUAAAGUGGAACAAUGGUGACAGACACGGUAGUUGGGGACUCAGAGACAAUGGCAUAAUCCUGGGUACCACCUUUAACGGUUUUUAUCAUGAGCUGAGGUACGAAGAUGGGAUAGCGACCCUGGUAAUACCAAAAAGAUCCCCUCCCAGCACUAUGACACUGAUAUCAGUUAUAACAGGUAUUGAUCUUUUCCACCCUGUAGUACUUUUGCCAGAUUACACUAUAACAUUAAAUAACAGGUAUUGUGAUUCACUCACAGCCACAAGGUUCGGUUUAGUAAUUUAAGUUUGACGGCUCAAUGGCUUAUGCGUCUGAGAUGUGUUUUACAAAAAGUACACAUGGAGAUGGUUAUUAUUACACAACGUUUGUUACAGAUCACACUCUCAUUCCUUCCAGGUCUCUAAACACACACUCUAAAUACCUAACAUUCUUUAUCAUAACCAACUCAUAUAUUUUGUAUCUUUAUAUAAUGCAUGGCUGUUCAGCUGUUGUCAAUGUUAUAUGAUUGCAAUGAUCAAAAUAACUGCAAUAUGAUGACAAUGAUUACAAUGAUUACAACGUUUUAUGUUUAUAAUACAGAUAUAAAUCAUUGUCACUCAUUAACUCAUUAACUCAGAUAUCGGUCCACAGGUAAUUACAGGGACAAUAUACCAACUUAUACCCGUAUGUGUGAUGUCAGAUGUGUGCAUAUCACACAUACGGGCUAUCCAUUUAUUAGGUUGAUGACUUGGUUCAUAUUAACUUACCGUUAUCUUCUGUAACUGUGACACAGAUCGCCUGAAUCAUCAAUUGCGGUGAUCACUUAAAUUUACACCGUUUCCCUGUUAGCAGGAAUUUACCAUCAACAACUGAACUAUACUUACACCAAACCCAAAUACAGGUCUAUAGGAAUGGUCACAUUUUUAAUAUUGAUAAUCAAUACCACACAAUUGAUUAUCGAGUAUACUAAAAUAUUAAUGGUAAUUGAUAAUGGACAGGGUUUAUUUAAUCGACGGGUAUUUAGUAAAAGGAGAAUUUAUAGCAAACUUUCUCGGACUUCUGGCUUUUAUAAUGUAUAAGUUCUAUUUAUAAUUGCUUUUUUCCCUUUCUUUUCUUUUGCAGCAUUUAAUGCAUUUAUUAAUUUAAUCGUGUUUUAUUUUUAUCGU